CAGGCAAAGCUCAGCGAUGAGGCACAAGAGAUAAACACCAGAAGGGCUGAGCUAUACUUCAUAUUAUUGUUAACUGAUCUGGAACAAUCGCAAAAUAUGGUUCCUGAGUGUGUGAUGGCUUAAAUUAGAUUUAUCUUCAUGAUUUUUUGUAAAAAGCAGUAACAUUCAUUUUGAAUUUGGUUCUUUAAAAUCAAAGGUAACACUAUGUUAUCCUUUAUCACAUCGUUUCUUCCGACUUCCUACCUCCUACCGGGGUGGUUGACUCUUGAAACCAAUCCACUGGAUGAUCUACUUCAAGGGGUGGUCGGUGCAUGCGGGAUCUCUGUGCUAUGCUCCCUGAUGAGAGUGCAUUUGUUUUUAGAGGAGGAAAGCUGGAGUGAAAAAGAUGUAUCAAGCCAGAAGACGCCCAGUCAUCAAAGUGGAACUAAAAGGGGAUUUGCUGGGAUGCUGCACUUUUUCCUUGUGACUGGGACGCUGACUAUAGUGGGUUCACGUGUGGCCUCCCUGGUGGUGCUAGAAUUUUGUCUUCGGGCUAUCUCUGGAUGGGUUACAGCUGGACCAGAGUCUGGAAAAUUCCUGCAGCAGCUUCUAGUGCAAAGCCAGUUCUCUCUGGGCUGUGCCAUAAGCUGCAGUUUGCACUUUCUCCACGAGGGGGCAUCGCAACGUUGGCUGUGCCUGCUCCUGGCAGCAGCACUCAGCUGGUUUCUGGCUCGGCAGGCCUCUCGCCUACUGCACCAUGUCAUGGCUCUGUAUAAACUCCACAGCUCACAGCGAUACUGCGGCAUCUGCAUCAGCCUCCUGACAUCAGGCCGCUGCCUACUGCCCAUGCUGUGCAGAGCCCUGCUCAUUACCUUCUUUGUGGCUGUGAUAGCUGCAGUAUCACUCAUCAAUCAACAGUUCCUCUCUGCAUCAGAGGCCCUAAGGUUCUGGACACCACUGACUAUCUGCUACACACUGUUGGUGGUUUACAUGCAGGAGGAGCAGCACCGUCUGCCCAGCAGCCAGGCUGUCCUGAACACAGUGAUGGUUCGUCUCGGGGGUUUGAUGGUCCUGAUGCUGACUGUUGGACGCUGGUCCGACGUGCUUCACAUCCUAAUUUGUUUCCUGGGCGAGGCCAGCUGUCUAAUCCCCACCAUGGAUCUACUGGAUGCAACAUCCUCACGGGUCAGUGAGUCUCCCUGGAAGCAGCACACAGGGCUGAAAGCACUUUCUGCCCACCGAGACCCAAAAACUGGGGCAGAAUAUCAAUGUGUUCAUUAGACUUGGUCCCAAGAUGAGACUGAACUUCUCAAAGUUGUAUCCCAGGUGGAGAAGGUUUAAGACCCCCAAGACAGAUUCAGGUCAAAGUAUUCUUUGCCAAGUUUUCCUUUCACUAAGCUAGCCUGAUUAAAUAGUUCAGAGUUAAAAAAAACCAACCCUUACUACACACACACUUGAUGCAGUUGUAAUAAAUACAUGCAUCUCAGGUAUUUUAAAAAAAAGCGUUGAGUCCAAUUUAAUGCAAAUAAAAAUGUAGAUAAAAUGAAUUUAAAUUAAAUUUAUCUUCAAGACAUAUCAAAUAUACAUAGCCAAAUUCAAAAUGCAGCAAAUGUUCAAUAUAAUAUUGUUGUUAUAAAUUAGUGUAUUUCUGGUAAAUAUUGAUGAUUGUGUUACUAUCACAUAGACACAAAGUCAGUAGAUAUCCUGACUUUCUGUGGUCUGAGCUCUUCCUGACCAGCAGCUUGGUUACACAGCUGUCGUCAGUGAACAAUGUGUCAUGAGUUUCAUCUGUCAUGUUUCUG